ACAGGCAGAUUCACAGUAUAAGCACAGGUUUAUAACUCCGAUUAACAAACUUAGAGUUCACAUAAGAUGGCAAGGAAGUGUUUUCUGUGCACCAGACCAUGACUCGGGCACACCUAACAAUUUCAAGCACAGUAUUUGCAAAACCAAAACCGUAUGGACGUGUGCCUUUGCUAAUACUUUCGCAAAUAAAAAAGUAAAAAUUCUUUGUUAAUCUGUGAGAAUUUGAGCGGGAGGAUUUUGAAUUUCGAAUCGUUUGUGCUUUAGUGUUUUGUUCUAUCUCGCUUUUGCGUAGUGAUUUUAGAUUGUUAGAGAAAGAUAGAUGUAUUUUUGUUUUUUCGCUGUCUGAUUUCAUUGUGUGCGAGUGAUUUCUGAAAUCUAUUGUUCUUGUAUUCCAUUGCGCUGUUAUUAAGCUAUAAUAUUUAGAAUGUUAUAACAAAACAAGCAAUGGUAUAAAAACAAUACAAUAAUCAAGUUUAUUUCUUACAUGAAAGGAUAUCGCUAUGAAAUACUAAAUAAAAUAUAAAAAUAAUUUAAAAUUAAUUUCUUAAUGAUUGAUUGUAAUUAAAAUGAAGGUUAAUAAUAUGAAGUGUUAGCAUGUUGGUCUGUUUGUUAGUCAAAAUGUUAAACAUACUAGUUUUGUGCCCGGUUUUGCUUGCGGCGGCCGUGCAAACAUUGACCAUAGACUCGCAGCUUGGAACAUCAAUAGAAGAUUGUUUUGAAAGAAUAUCCAUUGGCGAGCAGCUGCCUCUUGACGCCAUCUAUCGAAAUGUAACGGAACUAACGACACGCGAAUGUGAACACAUUUGCAAGCAAGACAAGCAAUGCCAGAGUUAUGAUUAUGGAGUCGGCGCAAAAGGCAACGCGACCUGCAAUCUCGGCAAAAACGACGAGAAAACUCUGAAAGAGAAGAACCUACUCCUGCGUCAUCCUGACUACGACGUCUACGUGCGUCGUUUCCAAUGCGAACAAUCUCCCCCUUCACCAAUCCCCCCUCAAUUUGACGAACCUUCAGAAGGUCCGGCCCAUAGACCGGUUUUCAGACCAGUCGACGAAAAAUCCCCUUUCAACGAUGACUAUCAACUUCCCACUGAUCUGGAGAAUUAUGGAGUCAGUAGGCCAGUGCACAAACCACAAUAUGAUGAAAGACCUGAUGAUUAUGCAAGUCAGAAACCUGAUAAUGAUGUUGGACCAAGUUAUGGUGUGCAUAAGCCUCAAGAUAUACCGUACAAGCCUCAGGAUAACAGACCCCAGGAUUACAGACCUCAAGAUUGGUCUAGACCUCAAGAUCCGUACAGACCGAGACCUAGCCAUAAUGGGUCUAACAGACCUGAUCCAUACGAUGUGUUGCAGUUUCAAGAUCCUUAUAGACCUAAUGAUCGGCCUGGCUAUCCGAGUAACGAUUAUAAUAGACCAGAAAGACCUCCGAAUGUUCCAGAAAAACCUGAUUACAUCUACAUUAUAAGACCAAAUAGGAAACCCAAACCACAAUACGAUGGUUACAAUAAACCUGGAAAUGAUUACCCAGUGAGACCCAGUUAUGGUCAGACUGAUUCAGGGUAUGGUCAAGGCCUAAAACCAUACCCAAAUAAAGAUUCCUACGUCCCCCGUCCGGAAUAUCAAGGACCAACAAGCGGUUAUGGUCAGACCACUCCUUAUGAAGAUAAUUCCAUACACGUUGAGAUCUCAGACCCACCAAGACCAUACCGCCCACCAAAACCGACAUAUGGUCAAGGUUUAUAUGGCUAUGGGACUUAUUCCAGUCAAAACUCAUACACCCAAUCACAGGCCAGUCAUUCUCAUUAUUAUGGGUCUGGAUCUGUUUCCGAUACCGGGUAUGGUACUAGUCCUUAUCGCCCAGAUUCCAGGCCGGAAAGACCAGUGUAUGGAGAACCAGCUGACACUGGUUAUGGUGGGUCCAAGCCACAAAAACCCGGUUAUGGCGACGCCCCGUAUAGACCAGACCCCAAACCAGAGAGACCAGGCUAUGGAGAACCUAGUGAUACAGGAUAUAGUGGUUCUAAACCCCAAAAACCAAGUUACGGAGAUACUUCUUACAGACCUGAUCCAAAACCGGAUCGACCAGGGUAUGGGGAACCAGCUGACACCGGGUAUGGUGGGUCUAAGCCACAAAAACCCGGUUAUGGAGACGCCCCGUAUAGACCAGACCCAAAACCAGAGAGACCAGGCUAUGGAGAACCUAGUGAUACAGGAUAUAGUGGUUCUAAACCCCAAAAACCAAGUUUCGGAGAUGUUUCUUACAGACCAGACCCAAAACCAGAAAGACCAGGGUAUGGAGAGCCAGCUGAUACAGGCUACGGUGGUACAUCGAAACCCCAAAAACCCAAUUAUGAUAUCCCACCAUAUCGACCAGAGAGACCAGGUUACGGAGAACCAAGUGACACUGGUUAUGGGGGUAAACCUCACCAACCCAGUUACGGUAAUAAUCCAUACAGACCAGACCCAAAACCUGAGCGACCAGGGUAUGGAGAGCCAAGCGAUGCCGGUUACGGUGGUAGUGCGAAACCAUCUAAACCCAGUUACGGAGCUGACAAACCUUAUGGUGACGACAAACCAGCAUAUGGGGCUGAAAAACCUUCUUACGGUUAUAACAAACCAUCUUAUGGCGUGCAGAAACCAGCUUACGAUAUAAAACCUUCUUAUGGCAAUGAUAAACCAUCUUACAUUCCACCGUCUUAUGGAAGUAAUGACUACAGCAAUAAUAAACCUUACGGAAACCAAGACAGUGGUUAUGGGUUACAAAAACCAAAUGACUAUAACAAACCAUCGUACGGAGGGUAUGGAUCAAGUCAGGGUCAUGAUCAAAGCUAUGGUGGUUAUGGUUCAAAUAGCCAAGGAUCAUAUGGAAGUCAAGCGUCAUAUGGAGGAUCUUAUGGUAGUCAGAGCACCCAAGGAUCGUAUACCACUUCAGGGUCAUAUGGGACAACCCAAAGCACUUCGAAUGCCUAUGGGUCACAAGGAUCUUAUGGUAGUCAAAGUGAUCUUAGUUCCUCCUUUGGCACUUCAAGUGGUUAUGGAAGCUCAGGGUCUUAUGGACCCCAGAACGACUUUAAUAGACCUCAAGGGGGUAGACCCCAAGACGAAGCUUAUGGGAAGCCACCUUAUGAAAAUGAUGAUGCAGAUUCAGGUUUGUUAAUUAUUUUAUUUAUUUUUUAACUUGUUUGAGGCUUAACUAUAACUGCACAAGUUGAUCGAUCACAAGUUAAGCUACAGUUGAUACGGUCGUUCUUUGGAUGGGCGAGCAUUGUCAUAACGACUUCUUCAGAGAUUCGAGAAACACGUUAAAUCGUGGUUCCAGCUGUUAUUACAAAUCUUUGAAAAUCG